AGUCCCAUGCUCGUACCGGAAGUGAUUAGUGUGCAUGCGCACUAGUAAGUUCUUUUCAGUGAGGCACGUCCUGUGUUGGAAGGGCAUCUCUGCUUAAUACCAACAUGAUUGGUAAAGUAGUUGGACAGAAAUAUGUGGCCAUCGCUAAGUCGUGGUUACCUACCUUGGCUGUUUGGGGCACGACAGGGGGUGUAGCCCUGGUCUACUUAACAGACUGGAGGCUGGUUUUGGAUUAUGUUCCUUACAUCAAUGGCAAAUUCAAAAAGGAUGACUAAAGAAGGUGAGAUGGCAUUUUUUGAGGUCUCGGAUUACGAACACAAAUGGACCCUACCUGUAUUUUGGACAUGGAAGUUUGCAGGAUCUCAUCAUCUUCAUCCACUCAACAUUCAAGUGUUCAUUAACAUUUGCCAAAAAAUGUUUUUGCUAUCAAACAUUUAAAAAUCAUGGAUGAAAGAAAAAGAAAAUAAACUACAAAUAUGAUUUCUGCUUCUUUUAACUGCUUGGUGUGAGAGCUUCUGUUUAUUUUGAUCUGUGUUGCAUGGGUGACAUUUGUUUUGUGGUUUUCAUACAAAAUUAAAAUGAGUAUAUUGUAUCCUG